CGAGCAGGAGAAGGACACAUUCAGAGAAAAGUUCAUCCAGCAUCCCAAAAACUUUGGCCUGAUUGCAUCAUUUUUAGAGAGAAAGACGGUGGCAGAGUGUGUGCUCUUUUACUACUUGACCAAAAAGAAUGAAAACUACAAGAACAUAGUACGAAGGAACAUCAGACGCCGAGGAAGAAGCCAGCAUGGCCAGCAGCAGCAGCAGCAACAGCAGCAACAACAACAAGUGAGCAGAAGCAGCCAGGAGGAGAAGGAGAAGGAGGAAAAAGAGAAAGAGGGGGAGCGAGAUGAGGAGAAAAAUGAAGCUGAAGAGAAAGAAGAUGGAAUGAAGGAUGAUACUUCUGGAGAAGAUGCAGAGGACAAAGAGCCUACUGUGGCUGUCAAAGGGAGACGUACUGCCAACAGCCAAGGCCGUCGAAAAGGCCGGGUUACCCGCUCAAUGACCAGCGAAGGGGAGGAAACCACCACGCCUCCACUCAACAACGAGCUUGGUUAGUCUAGAUUUGCUCCGCCACCAAAUACACACGUCAUAUCUCAUAUUAUUAUAACAAUCCACAAACCUGCUCAUGAAGACUCACUUGAUAUUGUAAUUUGAAAAGGCAAACACUGUGACAAGAUUUAUUUUUUUAUCAAAACCAUUGUAAGUCAGUGUUGUCAUCU